AUGAGCAGUCGUCUAGGGCUCGUUGACCCGGCGUCACUGAGCGCCGAGCAAAAAGAAGCAUACGAUAUCAUGGAAGGGUACACCACCCACCGAUACGGAGAGUCCCCGACGAUAAAACGUGAAGAUGGUUGCCUUCUCGGCCCUUUCGGCGUUCAAUUACACCUACCUGGGAUAGCACAGCAUUUUGUUGGCAUCGGGAAGACCUUGCUAGCUGUUUCUGGCCUCUCAGCCCGAGCCCGCGAAGUGGCAAUCAAUGUUGUGGGCGCACACACAAAAGCUGCCUACGAACACGCCGCUCAUGCUCGGGUGGCACUGACUUUGGGGUUUUCGAAGGCACAGCUCGACGAAAUCGAAUCCGGUGUCUGUCCAGCAGAUCUUGGUGACGACGAAAUGAUCGCUUUCGAUGUUGCGACCGAGUUGCUGGAGCGUCCAGGUCCCUUACGUGAAGAUGUUUGGCAACGGGCUGUCGGAGUGCUCGGGAAGAAUGGCGCAAUGGUGUUGGUGCAAUACAUCGGAUGGUACCGGUAUAUAGCCACGAUUCUAAACGGAUUCGAUGUGCAAGUUCCCGAGUGA